CGCAAUAGGCAGUAAAUUUCGAUCGAACCUCCUGACUAUGGGGAUGCGAAAGUUUGACUCGAUGCGCUUGGAUCAAAUGUGUACGAUACGGAAGACGGCGGGGAUGUUGUAGGAUAAGUACUUGUGGAAUGGCCUGGAAGACAGUGGGCUACGUACGACCAGACGACAUCGAAAUGUCGUUGCGCUUCGCUGGGUCAACGGAUAAACUCGAACAAUUUACAAUGCAUGGCGUCAAUGGACUACUUCCCGUGUGCCGACCGCCUUUCGGAGGACGCUUCCUUCUCCUACAUGCCUUAGCAAGGGUCUCAAGUGCUCGGCUCGAGACCAGCAAGAGCAGCCUCGAUCACGCUCGGGCAUACAACGACAUUAGGAAUCAAACCCCAACAUUGACUCUCGCUUAUGAUUUACCACAUUCAGCCAACUCGACCGGAUAUAGUCCGCAUCUCAGACACACGCAGCAUUGUAUUAACCUAUGCACUUUCAACAACUUCCGACCGAUAUGCCCCAAACGACCCGAGGCAGCCUCACUCGCCUAAUACAAAGAUUCGAGGUGCUGCAACACGGUGCAGGGUCGAACUCUUCCCAUCAAGUGCUGGACAUAAAAAAUCGACGGUUUCGCAAUUAUGUCAAAGAAAGCACGUGCAUGCCACUCGCGAAGGCUCCAGCACGAAAAGGAACACUAUCUUUCUUGGCGGAACAUCGACACGUGCUCGCGCUACCACAAGCUGAAAAGAAUUCGAAGAAUGUCGACUACUCUAAACUGCAAGGCGGAAUGGCUAGCCCGGAGAAAAAGCAAGUUGCGCCCAGCUUUGAACUAAUUGCAGAUCAGAGCUCCCUGGGUACUGGUCGCAAAACUUUGCGGGCCAGUUGUGGUAUGCUCGUGGACAGCUUCAUCUCCCAGCGCAGGGGAUCACCUCCCGUCGCUGGAAGUGGUUCGCAGACCGUUCUCGAUAGACUUCAUGUGCGCAAGUCUGUUGAUGCAGUAUUGGACUGCUCUGGUGAUGCGUGUUUCGGGCUUAGUUAUGAGCCCACGCAAGCCUCCGACGAGGAUUCUACGUCCGGACCGCAGGUCAACAGCGAAUCUGUGGAUGAAAUCAUUUCUACCCAGAGCAACAUGUCUUCUUUGAGACCAGAGUUCUCCCAUACAACUGGCGGAGCAAACACGGCCAAUUCCUCAGCGACGAGGCGCAGGUCCAAGAGAAAACAGUGCCUGCCAUGUUCAGCGACGAUGCUAGCUGUCAGAACCUCACAAACUCUCCCGACAUCAACAAAUAACAGCAAACAAUUGAAUCGGUACAGCACAGAUAUCUUGUCUUUGCUUUUCGCCAAUGCUAACAUCUUGUCUGACAGGCACGAACCUUCAUGUCUGCAGAAUCUGAUCGGGUUGUACGAGACUCUCGCCCGGCAAGGUAACAUGAGUAAACCGGACAUCGCUGAGUCGAAAGCACAGGGUAUGACGUCGCUCAAGUCCCGUGGCAAGACGAUUAAGUCAGAGCUUUUGGGUCCUCCAUUCAGUAUGUUGAGAGCGACUUUCGACCAGGCAUCAGGAUGCUGGGGGUGCCAGCCGCCAACAUGCGAAUCAACUGAAAUGGAGGGAACAUGGUCGCACCAGGCACGCGUCUUCUCAGAUCACCCACGAUAG